AUGUCUUCCAACUCCAAGCCUCGACAGCCCCGACUCCGGGCUUCUUGCGAUGGUUGCUUUUUGGCCAAGGUCAAAUGCUCCAAAGCAAGGCCCAUCUGCUCCCGAUGCCUGGCGUGCGGCCUCGAAUGUCGCUAUUCUCCCUCGAGCAGAGCCGGCAAACCAAAAUCUGAUCACAGCGCACCGAGCCACGCCAACACUGUCCACAUGGACAUGACCGACCUGUCCCCCAUCAUGGACGAGAAGAACCUCAUGUUCGGCCAGCACCCCGGCAUGUACAAGAUGGAACCUGGCUGGCAUACCCCCACAAGCAUGGAGGGUGCCAUGAGCAGAAAUCCGUCCAUAUCUUCCGGGCUUGCCAUGCUUGGCGUCGACGACACAACCCCCAGAGACCAAGAUCCGGCAGCAGACAUGUACGGUGGAGGCAUGCCUUGGACUCCUCCUACAGACUUUUCUGCAGCGCCGUACCCCGACAUGACGAUGGCUACCGCACACAUGAACUCUCAACACGGACGCUCUCAGUCCAUGGAUAUGGCCAUGGCAGCUCAAAUGACUCACUGGGGAGACCCAACGCAGCACGAUAUGAUGCCAUACGCAGCGAUGCCGACGACGAGCAACAUGGCCGCAGCAGCCUACUUCCCGAGCCCUUCCGCCACGCCCAAUAUGCGCCCGGCCGUCAGACAUAAGUCUUCGUCAUCCUCAGGCGGCGGUUCUUGCACUUGCUUCACCGUCUGCCUGCAGUCACUCCAGGCCCUGCACAAUGCCUCAUCCCCGCAAGCGCCACCCUUCGACCUUGUGCUCUCCCUCAACCGCAAGGCUGUUGAGGGAUGCGCCGCCAUGUUGUCUUGCAACAGAUGCAUGAGCCGCUCGGGCACUCACACUGCCGCCAUGCUCUUGGCCACCGUCAUCGGCAAGAUCACGAGCUUCUACAGGAAUGCCAGCCACACCUACUUCGAGAACGGCAUGGUGCCCCAGGUCAACCAGCUGAGCCCUGGGGGCGGCCUAGGUGUAAGCCUCGGUGCGUACACUCUUGGUGGUGAGGAUGGUAGGUGGCUCGAGCUCGAGAUCCUGAACCGGGAGCUUCGCAAGCUGGAGGAAGUCUACGCGCAGUUCCGCGAGGUCUGCUCCGAACUCUCUGACGAUGCUGAAGUCAGCAAAGCCAUGAUUGGCUAUCUCGGCCACAGCCUUGGCACAACACUCGAGGUCGUCAGCCAUCGUAAAGGAGACAUGAGCUAUGCUUAG